AUGCUAGGAAUGCAGAACUCGGAAGGGGUUGGAGGCUCAAACCUGCGGUUUAUGGGUGGAAAAUUCAAUAAUGAUAAUACGGGCUUUUCACAUGGGGCAUACAAUUCGAAUACUUGGGCAGGACAAGGGUUUGGUGAACGCAAUCCACGCCGCGUCAACAUCCCAUCCAUUAAUACCGCUGCUCGGGAUGCUUUGGGUGCAUAUUCUGGGAACGAUCAGACUCCGGGAACAGCGUUCGAUUUGAACUAUACUCCUUUACUUCCUUCUCAACUUCUGCUGGGCAGUCCAUUCCAGCCAGGUAGUCCGUCAGCUUUCAACUCACCACAAUUCUCAAGUUAUGGCCGCUUCAACCAGGCCAGUCAUGAAAUGCAUCAACAACAUCAACUUGGCAGCCCAAACCAGACUAAUACGAGCCAUAUCUCCUCUCAAAUGUACCAAAACAUGGGUACGCACGACAGUUUUGCCUCUCAACAACUUCUCGGUGGUGCACAAUCGCCGAACGGCGGCUUUGCUAGCAUAGUUGGACCAGCCUUUGGCAGUCCUCCAAUGCACAUGACGCCAGGUAUCAUGUCAGGUACUAGCCGGACAGUCUACCUGGGUAAUAUUCCCCCCGAGACCCCCGCUGAGGAGAUCCUUAGCCAUGUGCGGAGUGGCCAGAUCGAGUCAGUCAGGCUUUUGCCGGACAAAAACUGUGCCUUUAUCUCCUUCAUGGAUAGCAGCUCUGCAACACAUUUUCAUUCGGAUGCGAUUCUCAAAAAACUCUCCAUCAAGGGCCAAGACAUCAAAAUUGGUUGGGGUAAGCCAUCACCAGUACCGACUUCUGUGGCGCUUGCCGUUCAGCAGUCUGGAGCUUCACGAAAUGUCUACCUUGGCAAUCUACCUGAAGACAUUACAGAAGAAGAGAUUCGAGAAGAUCUGGGUAAGUUUGGUCCGAUAGAUACCGUGAAGCUUGUCCGAGAGAAAGCCAUCGGCUUUGUCCACUUCCUCUCCGUGAGCAAUGCAGUCAAAGCUGUUGCUCAGCUUCCUCAGGAGCCCAAGUGGCAGGCUCCGCGUCGAGUAUACUAUGGGAAGGACAGAUGUGCGUAUGUCUCCAAAACCCAGCAGCAGAACGCUGCACAAUAUCUUGGAAUUGCGCCCGGCUACGCACAUGUGCUCAAUGGUGCCGAUCGAGAUCUAAUAUCAAAUGCAUUGGCCCAACAAUCAGUGGCAGCAGCAGCAGUCGCUACCACCGCGGGUGGUGUCAACAAUCUGGGAAAUAGAACGGUAUACCUGGGCAAUAUCCACCCAGAGACGACGAUUGAAGAGAUUUGCAACGUUGUUCGAGGAGGCCUUCUCCACCACAUUCGAUAUAUUCCCGAUAAACAUAUUUGCUUUGUAACUUUCAUUGAUCCAACAUCAGCUGCCUCAUUUUAUGCUCUGAGCAAUCUUCAGGGGCUCAUGAUACACAAUAGACGUCUAAAAAUAGGUUGGGGCAAGCACUCUGGUGCCCUUCCCCCAGCAAUUGCUUUGGCGGUUAGUGGUGGCGCUUCCCGCAACGUCUACAUUGGCAACUUGGAUGAGACCUGGAGCGAGGAGCGCCUUCGCCAAGACUUCUCCGAAUAUGGCGAGAUUGAGCUCGUCAAUACCCUGCGGGAGAAGAGCUGCGCCUUCGUCAACUUUACAAACAUUGCCAACGCUAUCAAGGCCAUCGAAGCAAUCCGCGGCAGAGAAGAGUACAAGCGUUUCAAGAUCAACUUUGGCAAGGAUCGAUGUGGCAAUCCUCCAAGACAGACUGCCCAGCAGCAACAGCGAAUGCAAGGUGGCCUUGAGAGCGCCGGUUCUCCUCCGGCGCUGAAUGGCUUUUCAACUAAUCUCUCGCAAAGCUCCCAGCCCAGUCCUACACGAUCAGCUCUGUCUCCGGCUCCUGGCUCGACCGGCUCUCAUUCGCAGAACGGUAUGCAGCGUCAACAGUCUCAGUCUGUUGCGGCACCAACUCCAUCAGCGAUCCUGAACGCUGGAAGCAACAAUCCUCUAACCAUGUAUUUGAACCAAAUGUCAGCUCAGCAAGAGCAAGAGAUGCGUGGGCUGAACGAGUCGAUGAGCGCUCUAGCUUUGCAGCAGCAACAACAGGUUGCUCUAUCAGCACAACAGGCUGCCCUUUACAGCGACAUGCCCAAUGGUCAUGCUGGCCUCGAUACUAUGUUGUUGCAACAACAGCAACAGCCAAGACAAAACAGCAUCAGUGGCGCUUUCUCAGGCUCAUCCUCCUCCAACGGUGGGGUUUCGAGCACUAUUGGUGGCCUGCUUGCUCCCAGCAAUGUUGGCCUGAAUGCUGCUAGAAGUGCUCAUUCACGGGCGGUCAGUUUACCAGCUUUUUCACAGGAAGUUUUCGGAGCCCAACAAUCAGUGCCGACAUCGAGCCAUUCGUCCAGAGCAUUUGGCGGCCAUGCACCACAAGGUAGCUUUGGUGGAUUUGGUACUGCUUUCGGUACUGGCUUUGGAACGAGCGGCUUUGGUGGUCUGAGCUUGCAAAGCGAAUCUCAUGGCGCUCUGCCUGGUUGGGCGGAGGAAGAGCUUGGUGCGAAGUGA